AUGAAGUCAACAUUCUCUAUGAUCAGGGCACCACAAGGUCUGGCACCCACCAAACACCUCCCUCUCAUCCUUGGCUGCCCACGAAAUCGACCUUCUCUGUGUGCUGUACAGAAACCACGAUAUGCCCACGCUCAAGCCACGCAGUUCCUCCAAACCAGUGACCCCGACCUCACUGACUCACAAAGGACCGUUCGUGAAUCCAUCUCUAAAAUCUGCUCCCGCUUCCCAGACUCCUACUGGCUCCACACCGACCAAACCAAAAGCUUCCCAAUCGAGCUCCACUCCGCGCUCGCCAAAGACGGCUGGCUAGGAAUAUGCAUGCCUUCGCAAUAUGGCGGUUCUGAGCUAGGCAUCUCAGAAGCCGCUGUAAUGAUCCAAACGAUCUCUGAAUCCGGCGCAGGAAUGACUGGUUCCUCGGCCGUGCACAUGAACAUUUUUGGGCUGGAACUCGUCGUGAAAUUCGGAAGCGAGGAGCAAAAAGAAAGAUUUCUCGUCCCAUUGAUCAAAGGGGAGGAGAAAGCAUGUUUUGGCAUCACGGAGCCGAAUAUGGGGCUCGAUACGUUGAGAUUGCAGUCUUCAGCUACGAGAGAUGGAGAGUAUUAUGUGCUGAAGGGGAGCAAGAUUUGGAUUUCGACAGCGCAGGUCGCGGAGAAGAUAUUGAUAUUGACGAGGACGACGCCGCUUGAUUAG